AUGGAAUCUGAUCAAGAAGAUGAAGUCCCGAACGUUAACUUUGUGCCAAGUUUGUUGUUCGUGAAACGUGGCGUUGCUAAAGCAAAUCCAGAUAAGGUCACUUUAACACCCGCUGAACUGGCUAGAAUUAUUAAUGAAACCAGGCAAGAUCUGGAAGAGGAAGGAGGAAAUGAUAUGGACACAUCCGAGGACGAAGAAAACGAAGACGGUCAUGCAUCAUUAUCACAGCGGGCCCAGAGGCUGGACAACUCUGGGGUAACUGAUAGAACGGAUGAAUACAAUUUCGAUGCAUAUGAGCAAGAAACCGAAACUAGUGGUUUACAUUUGAGUACAGUAGCAGUCGUGGAUCCGGAAGAAAAUAUUCAGGAUGACGAUGAUUCCGAUGCAGAAGAUGAAAUUAUCAAACCUACGGACAAUUUAAUUCUCGUAGGACACGUGCAAAACGAUAGCGCAUCUAUGGAAGUAUACAUUCAUAACGAAGAGGAAGGUAGCUUGUAUGUUCAUCAUGAUUUUCUACUUCCGAGUCCACCACUCUGUAUUGAAUGGCUUAGUUUUGAUCCAGGCAGCGAUACUCCGGGUAAUUUGUGCGCUAUUGGGUGUAUGGAUCCUAUCAUCACACUGUGGGAUCUAGACAUUCAAGAUUCAUUAGAACCAGUAUGCAAACUGGGAUCAAAAGGCAAUCGGAAAAAGAAUAUUCCAAAAUUAGGACAUAAGGAUGCGGUAUUGGACAUAUCGUGGAAUAACCAUCUACAGCAUAUUUUGGCUAGCGGUUCGGUCGAUCAGACUGUUAUCCUUUGGGACCUUGAGGAAGGAAUUCCGCAUACAACCAUUCGUGAUUUCGAGGAGAAGGUGCAAACAUUAUCAUUUCAUCCAGCACGCGCAGAGAGUCUUCUAGUUGGAAGUUGCGAUGGAAAAGUGAAAGUAUUCGACUGUCGUGCCACUAACGAUGAUGCUAGUAGUUAUAAAACGUGGCUUCUUGGAGGCGAAGUGGAACGGGUCUGCUGGGACCACUUUAACCAGCAUUGUUUUGUAGCUAGUACGAACGAUGGAAAAAUGCAUUACAUCGAUACUCGUCGCAAUGAUCAAACGUUAUGGACUAAGGAAGCCCAUGAUAAGGAAAUCACGGGUCUAGUACUCAGCACACGUGUGAAAGGAAUGCUCUCGACUGCAUCUGCGGACGGGUCGCUUAAAGUGUGGGAUAUAAAUGAGCAAGAUGCACGUCUCGUGUACAAACGGAAUCCCAAAAUUGGAGUAAUUCAGUGCAUGGACGAAUGCCAGGAUAAUCCCUUCACCCUCGCCUUGGGUGGCGAUUUGAAAACGAAAAACUUUUCUGUUAUAAACCUCCUUGACAAUGAUAUGGUUUCAAACGUUUUCAAGCCUAGAUUUGAUGGAAAUCCGGCAAGUACUGAUCCUCCAACGCAGGAAAUGGAAGAUGCUACAAUUGAUGAUGACUAAGCUGGUCGAAAUAAUCAACAUACCAUUUUCGGAGGGUAGACACAAAACGGUGUACGAAUGUGUUCGGUUCGUAUGCCAUCAGGAUUUUGUUUUGUAAUGAACGAAUUUCCAUUCUUGAACCAAGCUUGCGGGUAUGAGUAAUAGAGUGUGUUCGUAGACUGGUACCAGACCAGGCAUUAGACAAUUCCACCUGUCCGAUAAAAAAAACCUUGAGAAGUGAUCACAAAAUAAAUAUUUGCAAGC